UACACUUUUCAGUUCCCAAGUGGCCCCAAAAGAGCAAUGGCGUCCUUCUCCGUUCCCAUUAAUCCACUACCACCUCCGGUUAACCGUCGACCCGAUGGUAAGCCGGAAAUUUCACUAACAGCGAAGGAGAGAGAUGAGGAAAAGAGGAGAGAGAAAGUGAACAGGAAGAUAGCGUCACAGAAGGCUACAUCCAUGAAAUUGAGAAGUGAGGCCACCAAGGCCGUCAUUGGGGACAAGAGUGGGCCCAGUAAUUCCAAAGAGCCCUUGCCGCUCCUCGAAAACCUUCGAGCGCAUAUCGCCGCCUUGCGUUGGGAGUCAGCCCUAAAUGUUUUUGAUCAAUUGCGUGAGCAACUUUGGUACAGACCCGACUCUGAUAUAUACAUCAAGUUGAUUGUUGUGCUUGGAAAAUGCAAGCAGCCGGAGAAAGCCCAUUCCCUCUUCCAAGCUAUGAUUAGUGAAGGCUGUGGGGUGAAUCGUGAAUCCUACACUGCUCUGUUAUCUGCCUAUAGUAGGAAUGGUCUUUUUGACAAAGCAUUUUCCCUCCUUGAGGAGAUGAAGAACAGCCUUGAUUGCAAGCCUGAUGUUCACACAUACUCAAUCCUAAUCAAGUCAUGCGUGCAGGUUUCUGCAUUUGACAAAGUGGAUAGUUUGCUUUCUGUCAUGGCAUCUCAGGGAAUCAAGCCCAACACAGUUACAUAUAGUACCCUCAUUGACGCCUAUGGCAAAACAAGAAAGUUUGCCAAGAUGGAAGCAACACUGGGGGAAAUGCUUCGUGAGGGGCAAUGUGAGCAUGAUGUUUGGACCAUGAACUCCACACUGAGAGCGUUUGGCAGCAGCGGCCAGAUAGAAACAAUGGAGAAAUAUUACGAUAAGUUCCAGUGUGCGGGAAUCCAACCCACCAUCGAAACUUUCAACGUACUCCUAGACUCCUAUGGGAAAGCAGGGAGUUAUGAGAAAUUGUGUGCCGUGAUGGAAUACAUGCAAAAAUACUAUUUUUCAUGGACACUAGUAACAUACAACAUAGUACUUGAAGCAUUUGGAAGGGCAGGAAAUUUGAAACAAAUGGAGUUGUUGUUCAGGUCGAUGCGGUCAGACAGAAUAAAACCCAACUGCGUUACACUUUGUUCACUUGUAAGGGCUUACGGGAAAGCUAGGAAAGCCGAAAAAAUUCUUGGUGUUUUGCAUUUUAUUGAGAAUGCAGAUGUGAUGCUUGAUAUCGUAUUUUUCAACUGCCUUGUGCAUGCUUAUGGGAAGAUGGGAUGCUUUGUGGAGAUGAAAGGAGUGCUAGAGAUGAUGGAGAGAAAAGGUUGUAAGGCUGAUGGGAUCACAUAUAGAACCAUGAUCAAGGCAUACAAAAAAGGUGGAAUGAAUAGCCAUGCAAAGGAACUCAAAGGUUCUUUUGCAUCAGUUCAGAAGUCCUCACCAGGGCUUGAGAGGCAAAAUCUUCAACACUCAGUUUCCAGGUUUGACAGCAACCCUGCAUCAUAGCGUAUAGCCUUUUUUUUUUGUUCAACUCUCACCUGUGUAGGUGCAUUUUGAGGAAAUAGAUGAAAGGCGGGAAUCUUGUUGAGUUCUUUGUAGUUUGUAGUUGACUAAGUAAUCAUGUAAAGUCUUCAUUUUCCCCUCUUGAAAGAUUCUUGUUUUCCCUCUUUC